CUGGUAUGUUAAUACGUGUCCUUCAGUUCCAUUAUCAUUUGAUACUCUGCUGUUCUUUUAAACUGCGUCAGUGAUAUUCAUAGCCGCCGUUAAAAGUCAAUCGUUUCGUAUUCACGCCAAGCUUGGACAAAGGAAGGAUUUGUACAAGAGUAGUGCUUACUCAGAUCUCACUAUGUGUGUGUUUAGAAAUUAAGGUGGACACGCUGGAAAGCAAGCUAGUCUCGGAAUCGCAGGUUUUUUCCGACUGCACUACUCGACAGGCCCAAUGCUCCUUUUGGAAGGAGUAGCGGCUAUACAGGACCCAAUGGCCCAGAUGCAGUCGACGCAAAAUGGCAUCGAUUCGUCGAAUCAACGGAUUUACGUUAUUCUCCACAUAGAUCGGGUGCUGCACCUUCCGUCGCAGUCUAACUCUGCUAUGUCACAAAUAUCACGUUGCUGCUAUACCGAUACGACAGUGUGGCGUCCCAAACCAAAGAUUUUCCGUAAGACCAGAGUGACCAGAUGUAUGGUGCGAUGGCCUGGAUCGCUAAACGUCUGGUUUGAACGAAUCACUAAUUCGAGCCGCGCCAUCGACAUAGACUACCAGGCGGAUCACCACCUGUUCGUCUGACUGGUGGCUAUCGAAGCUGACUCGCAAUACCACGACAGCUUCAAUUUGUCUAGCUUGCGGACUUCCGUCAAAACGGACGCAGCCUUCUUUUCCUGAGACGCGACGGAAGAAGAAGUUGUUCGUGCUCACCAAGAUGCCUUAUCCUGAUGCGGAGAACGUCGCUUCACGUCAGUACCGAUCGGUGGUGCAUUUACAGCACUAAGCACUUGAAAAAAGUUGUGCAGGAAAUAGGGUCGCGAAGCAAGAUCAGUUUAUUUAGCGCGGCGGGUAUAUUGCGAUACUACGAUACGUUUCCUGGCAGUGGCUGGGUAGCUAAAUGAGACGGCGCUCGGGGGGGAACAAGCGGGAAAGACUGUGAUUCCCAAUAGCGAGUGGCUCGACUCAGCUAACCUAGCAAGACAGUGAGCAACAUAAUUAAACGAGGACCCUAACGAAAGACCUGUCACCCGCCUAUCGUAGGCCUCAAUAGUGAACCACGAGCGCGAAGGACUCUUCUCGAAAACUAAAGUCGCUUGGCGGGUGCGGUGGACCGGCCUCGACCAAUGGAGGUAGGUGGCAAGGCAGGAAGAGGCGGUUCGCGGCGCAGUGCUUUCGGUA